UGCAGCUGCAGCAGCUGGAUUCACAACAUGAGACCACAUCCAAAACAUGCCGCGGCCGCCGCUUUCCCCAUCCUGAGCCGUCGCACACACGCUGGACACUUGAAUGUGGACGCGGGGAGGAAGACGAGGGAUGUAGCCGCAAUGGAUAAAUGAGGAGCCGCACAUGGACUUGAGCUUUUCCCUCUGUAGAUUCCGGUGUGAGAAGAUUCGCCCUCCCUGUUCUUGGCCAUGGAGAACCAGGCAGUCGAGCCGCAGAACUAUGAAGAUGUACAGAAGAGCGGCUAUCUCCGCAAGCAUAAAUCAAUGCACCGGCGCUUCUUCGUGCUGAGGGCGGCCUCGGAGCACGGUCCCGCUCGGCUGGAGUAUUACGAGAACGAGAAGAAAUUCCGCAGUAAAUCACCUGUGCCCAAGAAAGUCCUGAACCUGGAGACUUGCUUCAACAUCAACAAGCGCGCAGAUUCCAAGAACAAGCACAUGAUCGUCCUCUACACCCGCAGCGAGAGCUUUGCCAUCGCAGCAGACAGCGAGGAGAUCCAGAACGAGUGGUACCAAGCCAUGUUGGACCUCCAGUGCAACUGCAAAACCCCGGAGGACUACGGCAGUAGUGGAGAGUGUAGCUCUCCGUCUCCUGUUCCGACCUUCAAGGAAGUGUGGCAGGUCAAGGUGUGGCCCAAAGGCCUCGGACAUGCCAGGAACUUGGUGGGCAUCUACCGGCUGUGCCUAACUGACAAGACCGUCAACUUUGUCAAACUCAACUCCGAUGUGGCUGCUGUGGUGCUGCAGCUGAUGAAUGUCCGCAGGUGCGGACACUCAGAGAACUUUUUCUUCAUCGAGGUGGGCCGCUCAGCAAUAACGGGCCCCGGAGAGUUCUGGAUGCAGGUGGACGACUCGGUGGUGGCCCAGAACAUGCACGAGACCCUGCUGGAGGCCAUGAAGGCCCUGAGCGAGGAGUUUCGUCAGCGCAGUAAGUCUCAGUCCGUUGGAACGUCGUGCGGAGGCGGCACCGCUUCAAACCCCAUCAGUGUCCCGAGCCGUCGCCAUCACCCAAACCUGCCACCGAGUCAAGUGGGCUUCUCCAGGCGAGCGCGUACCGAGACCCCGGGAGGUAGCAGCACGAGCACUUCACCCACGUCACGCCACGGGUUCCCGAGGGCGCGCACGGCCAGCAUCGGAGCCAGGUCGGAGGAGGGCGGAGCCAGUGCCAAAGGGACGUGGGCGAGCUCCAGUCCGAGUCUCAACGGAUCCUGUUCCACCACACCAACGUUGAGGCCCAAGCCCACCAGGGCCCCAACCCCUGCCAAGAUUACCCUCAGCCUUGCACGUUACACACCAAACCCUGCUCCCUCUCCCGCACCAAGUCUGUCCUCCAGCUCUGGUCAUGGAUCGGAGUGUGGCCUGGUGGGGGCAGCAGUGGGCAGCAUGACAAUCUGCUCCUACCCCCGUGUUUCUCAGAGAGUCUCCGUUUCUGGUUCGCCGAGCGACUACGGAUCUUCGGACGAGUACGGCUCCAGUCCCGGCGAACACUCUCUGCUCAUACCCAGUCUGUCUGGUCAUCACGCACACGGGGAUGGCUCCUCGAGCUACAUAGUCAUGGGACAGCGAGAGGGCCUCCUCGGUUCUCAUCACCGCUCCAAAGGCAGACGGAUUCUCCGUCGCUCAUCCAGUCGAGAGUCUGAAGCAGAGCGUAGACUUUUAAGCAAGAGGGCUUCACUACCUUUGGCGUCCCAAGAACGACUGAUCCCACAUAGAAAAGAUGAAAACGAUGAGGACGAUGAAGAAUAUGCCAUCAUGUCACAGACUGCUAGCAGAGACAGAGCUGACUUGCACCACGGCUCGGUUGGGGGCGGGCAGCUUGAUGCAGAGAAAAGGAAGAGGGCUGAAAAAAGCAGAGGAGAAGUGAACACGGGAGCGGCUGUGGAUAGCGGCUAUAUGUCAAUGUUGCCUGGAGUGACAUCCCCUCCUGUUUCUCUCUCUCUUUCGAUCGGUAUCUCUGACACCGGCGCCAAACCCGGGGCAGAUGACGAGUAUAUGGCCAUGACUCCCAGCAACAGCGUGUCCCCUCCUCAGCACAUCCGUCAGCCCAGCUCGGAGGGCUACAUGGUCAUGUCUCCCAACAGCAGCAGCGCCACGGACCUGCACGGACUGGGCAUGUGGGAGAGCCGGGCCGGCAUGGAGAGCAGGGCGGCCAGCGACUACAUGAACAUCUCGCCCGUCAGCAGCCGCUCCGCCUGCAGCACGCCGCCGUCCCACCCUGAGCAGCAUCAACUACAACCAAAAAUGUUCAAUUCUUACUUCUCCCUACCCCGAGCUUAUCAACAUACUCUGUACACUCGCUUUGAGGAGGACUUGAAUAAAGGGGAGGGAAAAAAAGACGGCAGCGGGCAUGACAGCGCCGGGAGGGGAGGGGGAGUGGGAUACAGCAAGAGGAAUAAAAUUGCAGUGGGCCCGGCAGGAGGCUGCCAGCUCUCCAUGUCUUCCUCUUCUUUCUCCUCCAGCUCAGCAAGCAGCGAAAGCCUGGAAGACAAGUCCAUAUCAGCUGGGAGAGGGUUAAGUUUACUGAGAGCUGGAGCAGAACACAAGAGUGCAGGGACUUGUACGAAAGAUGGCCGUCACCACCAAAAACGUGCGUCCAGCAGUAAAAGUCCAAAGCAGCAGAGGAGAGGACGCCCCCUCAGUGUGUCGUCGGACAUCGCCAAGGCAAACACCCUGCCCAGGGUGAAGGAGAAUCUGCCACCGUCGCAGAAUGUCGGCGAGUACGUCAGCAUCGUUUUCAAGGAUGACAAUAAAUACGAGGGCGGCCGCGGCGCGCGGUCUGAACGUGGACAAUCCGUGAUCCAUGGAACACUUCGACCCUUGAAUCAGCCACUCAUCUGCCAUGAUAAUCCCGCCAACCUUCCCCGCAGCUUCUCCGCGCCAUUGUCCACCUCGUCGGAGUACGUCAGCAUGGAUUUAGGGAAAUCCUCGACACCCCUGACUCAUGUCAGAAGCACAUUCAACACCCCGCAGGGCUCACCAGCUGUUGUCCCCAAAAACCGACAAGAACACGGCUCGUCGUCUCCGCUGGCGGCAGAGAGAAUCUCCGGGUACAGAAGUAAAGGAAAGAUGGCGGCAAUGGCAACAGAUGUCCCGACACCAUUUGCAGACAGCAGCGGUUCAGACCCCAGCAUUUCAGCACGACCUGCCAUCCGCUCCGGGCAGCAGAUAACCAUGGAGUCAGAGAGCGCUUUGAGUUUUUCCCCAGUGAAGUCCUUCCAAUCUCCCGAUCGCAGCGGCAGACUGGUCCGAGGUGACCAGGCGGGACGCCUGGGCCAUCGCUCAGAGACAUUCAGCUCACCCCCGUCUCUACCACGCCACGCAUCCUCUUCUACCUCCCUCUUCCCAGAGGGCAGCCAGGCAGCAAGCCAUCGGCAUGGGUUGGACUGCUCACUGUGGGAGAGCGGGCAGGCAGCUAGUUUGUCAGCCACACCUCCACCACAAGCCUCCACCUCAUCUGCUGAACAAGGCCUUAACUAUAUUGACCUUGACUUGGCCAUUAAGGAGAGUCCUCAAGCUGGAGUGGAGCAUACCUCUCCAGCCUACAACAUUGGAGGGAGCGCUAUGGGUAGCAGUGCUGGCUCCAGCCUCAACACUUAUGCCAGUAUUGAUUUCUAUAAGUCCGAAGAACUGAGAGCACACCAGAACAGUAGAAAAGACGGUCAAGACUGUUGAUCUCCGUCUUCGUCUUGGAUCCGAGCGCG